AUGACCCUCCUCUCCUCGCCGCAGUCGUUCGAGCGCGCAAAUCCAGGCUUCUCCCUCUUCUCUCUCGUAGAUGGCUCCAACAACGCUGCGUCCGGCGGCGGACCGCACCCGUCGAUACCGCAUCUCGCCCUGCUCGUCUUCGAAGCCGUGCUGGAGGUCGUCUGCGUCAGUCUGCCGGGCUACAUCAUCGCGUGGAUGGGCAUGUUCGACGCCGAGUCGCAGAAGUUCGUCGCCAACCUGAACGUCAUGCUCUUUACGCCCUGUCUUAUCUUCACAAAGCUCGCAUCGCAGCUCACGGCCGGCAAGCUCGCGGACCUGGCCAUCAUACCCGUGCUCUUCGUCAUCCAGACGCUCAUAUCCUAUCUGUCGGCCAUGAUCGUGUCCAGGUGUUUUGGAUUCAAAAAGCGCCAGUCUAAUUUCGUCAAGGCCAUGGGUGUGUUUGGAAACUCCAAUUCCCUCCCCAUAUCGCUCGUCAUAUCCCUCUCCAAGACGCUGUCCGGCCUGCACUGGGACAAGAUCCCCGGCGACAACGACAGCGAAGUUGCCGCCCGCGGGAUCCUAUAUCUGCUCAUCUUCCAGCAGCUGGGCCAGGCCGUGCGCUGGAGUUGGGGAUACCAUGUUCUGCUUGCUCCACGCGAGUCGUACCUCCGCGACGAAGAAGAGACCGCCAAUGCCCGUCUGGCCUUUGACGACGACUCCGAACGGUACCUCGACAACCCAGACACUGAUCCGGCACGAACGGCCGUCAACAGCGGGCAGGCCACGCCGGCUAGAUCCACGUACUCGGAUUCUUCGUCGGAGGAUUCUCACUUUGAAUCUGGCGACCAGACUCCCGUCCUCGAGCGACACCGCCCAUAUGCCAAGUUCCCGUCCUCGAACGGUGAAGGCGACGAGAAUACAGACCACCCAGUCCUUAUCCUGCCAAACGGAGAAUUCGCUGCCCGUCCAGACUUUGACGACGACAUUGCACACUUCCCCCGUGUCCAGGAGCAGACCACGGCCAAAUCAGCAUUCCACUCCGCCCUCCGAUCGAUCUCCAAGUCAGUCCGCUCUACCUCCCAACAACUAUUCAACAGCCUACCUUUGCCUCUCCAGAAAUUCCUCGGUUGGGCAUACUCCCGCGCUGCCUCCUUCUUCUCCGGCCUCUGGGCGUUCAUGAACCCGCCUCUCUGGGCCAUGUUGGUCGCCGUCCUCGUGGCGUCGAUACCGUCCGUACAACGCGUCUUCUUCACGCCAGGGAACUUCCUCAGCAACUCCGUCACCCGUGCCGUUAAACAGUCUGGCGGUGUUGCCGUCCCACUCAUCCUGGUCGUGCUAGGCGCGAACCUGGAACGAAGCACGCUGCCCAAGGACGCACUGGCGGACGAAGAGGAUCCAAAGGAGGAACGUAAGCUGAUCAUCGCAUCAUUGGUGGCACGUAUGGUGUUACCGACCCUCAUCAUGGGCCCGAUAUUAGCGGUCACUGCCAAGUACGUGCCCGUAAGCAUACUGAAUGAUCCGAUCUUUAUCGUCGUCUGUUUCCUGCUCGUCGGUGCUCCGUCGGCAUUGCAGCUGGCACAGAUAUGUCAGAUCAACAAUGUCUACAUGGGAGCCAUGUCGAGGAUCCUGUUCCAUUCCUAUGUCAUCUGGAUAUUGCCAUCGACGCUUAUACUUGUAAUCUCGGCGCUGCAGGUUGUGCAGUGGGCAGCCAACUAG